AUGUUUGGCACAUCGAAGAAGUAUGACGUCAGCACGCUAGAAGAAAAAUGUCUGACAUAUUUAGAGACAUCGAUGACGGCAAAGAAUGCGUGUUUCAUCUUAGAACAGGCUCAUAUCUACGAGGAAGAAGAUCUGAAAGAAAAAGCUCUGAGCUGUAUUAGAAACAACGGGAACGCCUCUUUGAAGUCAAGUGAUGUUGUUCACCUGUGUCGGGGCUGUUUGAGUGACGUCAUACAGUCUGACCAGUUGAUAGUGACGGAGGAGACGGUGUUUGAAUCUGUUAUGUCGUGGAGUGAGAGCCCGUGCAGGAGUCAGGGAAGGGAGGUAACGCCUCAGAACAGACGAGACGCCCUUGGAGAUGCCGUGCUGCACGUGCGGUAUCCAUUGAUGUCUCAGAAAUAUUUUGUUAACAAAGUUUCGCCGACAGAACUGCUGACAGCGUUAGAAGAUAAUAAGAUAAUGAAGUAUUUGACAAAGAUGUGUCACCUUUCAACUCAAAGCAGAGGAACAAGUCGGCCACUGCAUGCAGCGGAAAAGAAAGGAUUAUAA